AGAAAGAGAGGGAGAGAGAGAGUAAAGAAAACGUUUGCUAGACGAUUCUAUCUGCCCGUGAAUCGUGAUAGAUUCCUACCACGGGCACGUUCGGGGAUGCUAAUUGAAGCCUGAACGACCCCGGACCAAUUAACCGCCGAGUGGCAAGUGUGGCCAGAGGGAUCUUCGUGGUUAACGGCCUCGACAUCUCUUUCUUUUUAUGAAGACUCCACAGACGAGUGACGCCAAGGCGGCCUCUUGUUUCUUCUCUAACUAUAAACACCUAAGAUAAAAGCCUCCUCUCCUCUUCCGGUUUUCCCUUCCAUCAGUCGGGUUUCUUUCGUACUCUUAUCUACCUAUAUGCAUGGGUAACCUGAAAGCGAACAAGAGUGAGAAAUAACCCUAGAUUUUCUGCGCUAACAAUGGACGCGACUACAAACGGGUCCAAGCAAGAACGGUCGUCGAGUCCCAAAAUCGAUGGACCAACGAAUUCCAUGGUUACGCCUCUCCUUACAGAUCUCUAUCAAUUCACCAUGGCUUAUGCUUAUUGGAAGGCCGGCAAGCAUCUCGAACGUGCUGUGUUUGAUUUAUUUUUCCGUAAGAACCCAUUUGGUGGUGAAUACACUGUCUUUGCUGGUCUAGAAGAAUGCAUUCGUUUCAUUGCUAAUUUUAAAUUUACAGAGGAUGAGAUUUCAUUUCUCCGUUCGUCCUUGCCUCCUAAUUGUGAGGAUGGCUUUUUUGAUUAUCUUAGAGGAAUUGACUGCUUUGGUGUUGAAGUUUAUGCUAUUUCUGAGGGGUCAGUUGUUUUUCCAAAGAUACCCUUAUUGAGGGUUGAAGGACCAAUUGCAGUGGUUCAACUUUUGGAAACUCCAUUUGUAAAUCUUAUCAACUAUGCAUCAUUAGUGGCUACAAAUGCUGCAAGACACCGAUUUGUUGCAGGGAAGUCCAAAGUUCUACUUGAGUUUGGGCUUCGGAGGGCACAGGGUCCUGAUGGUGGAAUAAGUGCAUCAAAAUAUUGCUAUAUUGGUGGAUUUGAUGCCACAAGCAAUGUUGCAGCUGGGAGGCUUUUUGGGAUACCACUUCGUGGAACACAUUCUCAUGCUUUUGUUAGCUCAUUCAUGAGUCCUGAUGAGAUUAUUGACAAAUCACUUCGUAGUAGUGAUGGCACAGGUACCUGUGAAGAUUUUGUUAGUCUGGUGCAGACCUGGCUAAGAAAAAUUCAGUGGGCAGAUUCAUUGCGUGGUGUUUUUGGUGAGACCAAUCAAAGUGAAUUGGCAGCUUUUACCUCGUAUGCAUUGGCAUUCCCCCACAACUUUUUAGCCCUUGUGGACACAUAUGAUGUUAUGAAGAGCGGUGUUCCUAAUUUCUGUGCAGUUGCUUUAGCACUUUCUGAUUUGGGGUACAAAGCAGUUGGCAUUAGGUUGGACUCUGGUGACCUUGCAUAUUUGUCUAUUGAGGCUAGGAAGUUCUUCCGUGCAAUUGAAAAGGAAUUCGGAAUGCCUGGUUUUGGAAAUAUGACCAUUACUGCUAGUAACGACCUCAACGAGGAAACUUUGGAUGCAUUAAACAAGCAGGGACAUGAAGUUGAUGCAUUUGGAAUUGGUACCAACCUUGUGACAUGCUAUGCCCAAGCAGCUCUUGGUUGUGUUUUCAAGCUGGUUGAGAUAAAUAAUCAGCCUCGCAUUAAAUUGUCAGAAGAUGUUUCUAAGGUCUCAAUACCAUGCAAAAAAAGAUGUUAUAGAUUAUAUGGGAGAGAAGGUUAUCCACUGUUAGACAUUAUGACUGGAGAAAAUGAACCACCUCCAAAGGUAGCAGAACGGAUCUUAUGCCGACACCCUUUCAAUGAAUCCAAGAGGGCAUAUGUGGUGCCACAGCAUGUGGAGGAGCUACUGAAGUGUUAUUGGCCUGGAGAUUCAGAUAAAGCAAGAGUAGAAUUACCACCUCUUAAGGAGAUUAGAGAUCGUUGCAUCAGACAGUUGGAUCAAAUGCGGCCUGAUCACAUGAGGAGAUUGAACCCAACACCUUACAAGGUGAGUGUAAGUGCUAAGUUGUAUGACUUUAUUCACUUCUUAUGGCUCAAUGAGGCACCCGUUGGGGAGUUGCAGUGAUGAUGUGGAUAAGAAGCACUUAAUGGUAACCAUCACCUAAUGCUGAUUGUAAGGGGAAGCAAUGAUUUCAAUUGUGCGAAGGAGCUUCCUCAUAGGGUUGGGACCUUUUAAGUUGGAAAUCAUACAAUAUCUAGCUUCAACGUGGUGAGGGAUUACAUAUUGCUUUUGUCUAAUAAAAAAUAUUCAAUGAACUGUCCGUUUUGAGUUUUUCCAACACUGUACUCAAAUUUUGCAUUGAAUUUUACCAUCUUCAUGUUUACUAAUUUGACUUAUGAAGAUGUUGGGACUGGAAACAUGGUUCUCAAAAUCAUAGUACUAAAAGGUCGUAACUUGAGGACAUGUAAUGGCCAUGGUUGUAAAUUUCAGUGAUAUUCUGUGAAAUUUGUUA